AAUAGAAAAUAGCAGGGCUUGAACGGGACUCUGGCUGCGGUCUGAACAGCACAGAAACCGACAGCGAAGUUAGUUCGGGAGCAAGAGGAUAUGGGCUUUUCGUUUAUACCUCCAACACAAAACACACUUUGUUUAUGAGUCGGCACCCGCCUCUGUCGUCGCCCUCCUCCGCGUGCUUUCACUUCAGUCUCACCUGUUGACGCCGACAGCAGCUCACACUGAGCUGUCAUGUUUCCUGGGAGGGAUUGAAUUAAACCAGGUGAAGAUUUAAAAAAAAAAAAACUGUAGAAAAAGAGAGAUAACGAGGCGGUCUGCCUCACAACAGGUCGAGGAAACUUCACGCGAGCCUGACUUGUGUGGCUGAAGUAAAAGCGCUUUUAAAAGUUCGCUGAAGUUUCGAUACAGUUUUUUUUCCCGUUUGUUUUCCCUCUUUGCCACUAUGUAAUAAAUUGGAGGACCCACAGCGGUUGUCACUUAGGUUGGAGCACGUUUUCCAGAAAUGCCCCAACAUAACAUGGAGAGCACCAGGAGCCAGUGGCAGCAGGGGCUGCGGUCUCCAUGGAUCACCAGAGUGGCUACAAGUCAAAGCCCCGCCUCCUCGGGGGCAGACUCGGAUACAGAGAGUAGCAGCACAGAGAGUGAGAAGUCCUGCAUUAGAAAGCUGGAGGCUGGCUCAAUGAGGAUCCUGUCGUCGCCCUCGAUGCUCCAACAGCGAAUCACAGAGAUCGACCAACAGAAGGAGGAACUAAAGAUUGAGCUGCAGCUGGAGAUCGCCCUGCUGCAGGGCGAGCUGCAGACUGAGAAGCAGCUGCACAGACACACACAGAAGCUGCAGGCUCUACAGCAGGAGGCCAGACAGUUGGAGAAGCCCAGACAGAGCGACCGACAAAAGGAGCGAGAGAGUCUGGAGGAGGAAAGGCGCAGGCUGGAGGAACUGAAGAGGAGGUGUCAGGAAAAGGAGAAACUGAUUCCCAGUCAGCCAGAGAGCCAGAGAGAACAGUUGAUACUGCAGCUGCAGCAGGAGAAAGACGCGAUGGAAGCAGCAGUUCGGGCCUUUGAGGACUGGGAGUUUCGUGUUCUGGAGCAAGAGAGCGGCAUUGAUGAGGAGGACGAGAGCGAGAAGGAGGGGGCGAGUAAAGGGGAGAUGGAGAAGGAAAUCUCAUGUCAACAGCAUGUUGUCAACACUGCACAGGAGCGAGUCCAGCAGUUAGAGAGACAGCUGAAGGAGAUGGAAAGGGAGAAGGAGAGGGAGCUGAACACCUUGAGGAAAGCGAAGAGGGAACUCACCCACACAUCUCAAAUGGUUCUCAAAGAGAAGAAGCCGCUCACUGAUUGGUUGAACAUCACUGGCUCAGCCCCCUGCAUGAUGUCACUUUCUCCUCUGACAGUUCACAAGCCUCCUCAGGAACCAUGCAACGAAUCUAUCAGUUUGCCCAAACGACGGAGCUCGCAUCGCAACAACAAACUCAACGACAGACCACUCUCAGUACAGGGGUUGGUGAGAACACUUCCAGACAGCCAGACCCCAGAGGCUUUCACUUCCCCACUCCCCUCCCACAGGCUCAGCAAUGGGCACAGCAGUGGGCACAGACCUGGGACCAGUGACGGUGGCGGGCUCCUCACACCGUGCAACAGUACAACAAGCUCUCGCGCUGCCAGCCCAUCUCUGUUGGAUCUUGUGGAGAUCGAGAAAAAACUGAGGGAAGCCAAGGCAGAGAGAGAGAGGCUGCUCAGAGAGAGGGAAGAGCGACAGCUGUUGUUGUUGGAGGAGAGAAGUGAGAGAGAGCCAGACUCACCCAGAACAAAACCACUGGAGCCAGAGACUCCAAAAAAAACAGAGCCAGAACUAAAGGAGCAACCAAAGGCCAGUUCUCUCCCAAACUCCCCAGUGCAGCGCAGCUUGCCCCUCUUCUUGUCUCCCAACUUUGACCUCCGGGCCCACUUGGAGUCUCUGGGUCACGGAGUGGCCGGCUGCACUGACCUGCGGCUGACACCUCGACGUUGUGCAGGCUUCCUUACCAAACGAGGGGGGAGGGUCAAGACCUGGAAGAAGAGAUGGUUCCUGUUUGACAUGGACCACAGACGUCUAGCCUACUAUACAGACUGUGAUGAAAGGAAGCUAAAGGGAGUCAUCUACUUCCAGGCCAUUGAAGAAGUUUACUACGACCAUUUACGAACAGCUACUUCUUCUCCACGGCCCAGUCUGACGUUCUGUGUGAAGACAUACGACCGUCUUUUCUUUCUGGUGGCUACCAAUGCAGUAUCCAUGCGGAUUUGGAUGGAUGUCAUCGUCACGGCAACAGAUGAGCACAGCCGUUAUUGACCUCUUGCAUAUAUGACUGUAAAAUCCUUGAGUGACGGUGCUAAUGCUGUUUUGGCUGAGAUCCACCUCAGGGGCUGAUUCUGUACCUGGACUCAUGAAUCUUUGGAUAAAGCACGUGAGACGCAGAGGUGCGGCAGUUCGAGGUGCCGAGGAGAUGUGCUCGAACACGAUGGAGAAAACUGGUACUAGAAGAGUGAUGCUUCAGUGGUGACAAGAGGUUCACCACCAGUGAAUCAGCUGCAAACCACAAGCAGCUUUAGACACUGCGUGUUCUGUUACUGGGAGGUUCUUUGAGCCUGACCUCCCCCUGCUGGUCACAGUCGAGCAUUACAGGACUGGGAAACACUAGACAUCACAUCACACUACAACAAGGAGUGGACCUGUUUUAUACUGUGGAGUGGACCCAAUAAUAGUAGCACUUGUAUGAUAUAAUGCAAUCCAGUAUAACGGCCCAGCAAUAAACAAAUGUUAUUAGACUGUCAGAGAUGUCUUGAUCUGAGCUGUAACAUUUUUUGUGCUGUAUUUUGUGUUGGAUUGCUUCAUAUUGUCAAGUGUUUGCACUAAGAUGUCCAUAUCCUGUAUCUUUGUUUUCAUAAAUUACAUUUUCAUGAAUUAAGUUAUUAUUUGGACAUUUAUAUGGGUUUGCAAUGCAAAGAAAUGAAUAAAUUGUUAUACAUAAAAUGUUU